AGAAAGCAGAUGCAUCUGCUACCCCGCAUUGCCACUCUUUGUUUUGAUAUUCGAUCUUGUUCCUCUUGCGAGAAAACAUGGGUUCUUUUCAUUUGUUCCUUCUGCUCCCAACUUUCUUUUCCCUCUUUCUUCACACCUCUCCCUCCCCUAUCAUCCAAGCAGCUAUCGAUCAAGGUACCAAAGCCUACUAUAACUGCACAAGAAACAGCACUUUUGCUUCCUAUAGCGCUUAUCGUUCUAAUGUCAAAAUACUCCUAGAUUUUCUCUCCUCCAAUGGCACCAACAAUGCCAAAUUCUACAACACUACAGUUUAUAGUGAAGACACUGCAGACCCUGUUCAUGGUAGCUUCCUUUGUACAAGAGACACCAUUCCAAAACAGUGUCAAGAAUGUGUGACACAAGCUGCCAAACUCAUAUCAUCGCUUUGCAACAAUGCUACAGAAGCUAUAGUAUGGUACCAAGUAUGCUAUGUGCGCUACUCCGAUCGUCGUUUCUUCUCCACGGUGGAGGAGAGUCCUAAACUCUCCUUUAUGAAUGAUCAGGAUUAUGUGGGUAACGUUGGGCGCUUCAACAACAUUGUGUGGGAUAUGAUGAAUGAUUUGAGAAGUGAGGCAGCAAGUGCUUCUAACAAAUCGGCUGAUAAGUCCGUGAACAUCACAGAUAAUCAAAAGGCAUAUGGCUACGUUUGGUGCCUCCCAUACCUGUCCAGUGAGAACUGUAGCUGGUGUCUUAGUGAUGCCAUAGCAGAAAUUCCAACCGGUUGCUGCAGAGGAAAAUCUGGGGGAACAAUAAUAUAUCCCAGUUGUGGUGUUAGAUACGAAUUAUAUCAAUUCCAUAAGGCACAUAUCAGGGGUGGUUCGGUGUCGCCGCCGCCACUUCCCAAUAGUUCUUCUUCCCCAUUUGCUUCAUCAGGGAAAAGAAAAAAGAAGACACUAACAAUAAUUGUGAUUGUAGUUCCAAUUGUUGUUUCACUGGUGCUUCUAGCGUUGAGAUGCUGCUGCUUUUUACGUAGAAAAGAAACAAAGAAUCAACAUGAUAUUCUCAAAGAAAGCUUUGGGAAUGACAGUACCACUCUGGAAACUUUGCGAUUUGAAUUAGCCAAAAUUGAAGCUGCAACAAAUAGAUUUGCUAAAGAAAACAUGAUAGGCAAAGGUGGAUUUGGCGAGGUUUAUAGGGGUAUUCUUUCAGAUGGAAAAGAAAUAGCAGUGAAGAGGCUCACUGGAAGCUCCAGGCAAGGAGCAGUGGAGUUUAGAAAUGAGGUUCAGGUUAUAGCAAAACUUCAACACAGAAAUUUAGUGAGAUUACAAGGAUUUUGCUUAGAAGAUGACGAAAAGAUACUUAUUUAUGAGUAUGUGCCAAACAAGAGCCUUGAUUAUUUUUUAUUGGAUACCAAGAAGCGAAGACUACUGUCUUGGUCUGAUCGUCAAAAGAUCAUUAUAGGAAUUGCUCGGGGAAUUCUAUAUCUACAUGAGGAUUCUUGUCUCAAAAUAAUACAUCGUGAUUUAAAACCUAGUAAUGUUUUACUAGAUAGUAAUAUGAAUCCAAAAAUCUCAGAUUUUGGCAUGGCGAGAAUUGUUGUUGCAGAUCAAAUUGAAGAAAGUACAGGCAGAAUUGUAGGGACAUAUGGUUAUAUGUCUCCAGAAUAUGCAAUGCAUGGACAAUUUUCUGUGAAAUCUGAUGUGUUUAGUUUUGGAGUCAUGGUUCUAGAGAUUAUUAAUGGAAAAAGGAAAGGUUGUUCUUCUGUAUCGGAUGGCAUUGAUGACAUCCGGAGACAUGCUUGGACGAAAUGGACAGAGCAAACGCCAUUGGAACUAUUGGAUUCUAACAUAGGAGGACCUUAUUCCCCAGAAGAAGUCAUCAAAUGCACACACAUUGGUUUGUUAUGCGUUCAAGAAGAUCCAAAUGAUAGGCCUACAAUGGCAACAGUUGUGUUUUACCUCAACAGCCCUUCAAUCAACUUGCCCCCUCCUCAUGAACCAGGAUAUUUUAAGCGUGAUAGAAUAGAAGGCAACAAGACAAUCAACAAAGAAUUGGAUAAUAUCAGUGAUUCCAUCAACGGAAUUACUUUAACUAAUUUGUUUCCUCGUAUUCAAGAUUUUGCUUUGUUGACUAAUGCUCACAAACCUCAAUCCCAUUCAUACACUGCGCCGUCUCUGAUUCCGUCUCUGAUUACUCCCCGUUUACGCACAUUUGCAUGCCCAUCACUCAUUUCUCCGUCUCAGUGCAGAAAAUUUUUCAGCAUCAUGAUUAUCAGGUCCAAACUUAGUCUAACACUGUUCCUACUUUGCACCCUUUCACUCACCGUUACAGAAACCUCUGCAUCAGUGUUCAACAACGUUAGCUGCUCGAGCAACAAGACUUUCACUCCGAACAGCACCUUCAACACCAACCUCAACACCCUCCUCUCUUACCUUUCCUCCAACGUAACCAACAACGUUAGAUUCUUCAACGCCACCGCAGGUAAAGAUUCGAACGCCGUCUAUGGCCUCUACAUGUGCCGUGGAGACGUGCCGUUUGCUCUAUGCAGAGAGUGUGUGGGUUUUGCAACACUAACCAUAGCCUCCUCAUGUCCCACAUCGAAAGAGGCUGUGAUUUGGUACAACGAGUGUUUAUUGCGCUACUCUUAUAGGCUCAUCUUCUCUAAAAUGGAAGAGAGGCCAAGGCACAAGAUCAAUAUUCCAUUGGGGGACCCUCUGGUUUUGCAUAGUAAUGGAUUCUACACUGCGUUAGGAUCCAUUUUCGAUGAACUACCACAUAAAGCAGCACUGGCUCUUGCCGAGUCUAAUAAUGGAUAUGCGGUUAAGCAAGAAAAUACUUCUGCGAGUGUGACACUGUAUGGCCUCGCGCAGUGCACGCCGGACUUGGCUGCCGGAGACUGCAUACGGUGUGUCACCGAUGCGGCGGCGGAGUUUGUCAAGUCUUGCUGCGGAGGGAGCAUAGGAGCGAGUGUUCUGUUUCCGAGUUGCAUUGUAAGGUAUGAGACGUAUCCGUUUUAUCAGCAUUCGGGAAUCUCCGCGCCAACAAUGAUUAAGCGUGGAGGAAAUAUUGGAACUGAAGUGAUUGUGAUCGUUGUUGUCUUGGUUGUCGUUUUGGUGAUGCUUUUUGGCUUUGGCUAUUGUUUCAUCCGGAUAAAAGCGAGAAAGAAACGGAAGGCCGGUGACAGAGAAAAAUUUGGGCCAGAACACACUGUCUUGGAGUCUUUGGAAUUUGAUUUGGUUACAAUUGAAGCAGCCACAAACAAUUUUUCUGAAGACCGCAGGAUUGGCAAAGGGGGUUACGGAGAAGUGUACAAGGGAAUCCUUCCUAACCGAGAGGAAGUAGCUGUAAAGAGAUUAUCAACAAAUUCUAAGCAAGGAGCGGAGGAAUUCAAAAAUGAAGUGUUGUUAAUAGCAAAACUUCAACACAAAAAUUUGGUGAGAUUAGUAGGAUUUUGCCAAGAAGACAGAGAAAAAAUACUUAUUUACGAAUAUGUGCCUAACAAGAGCCUUGACCACUUCUUAUUUGAUUCCCAAAAGCACAGACAAUUAACUUGGUCGGAGCGGUUUAAAAUCAUAAAAGGAAUUGCAAGAGGUAUUCUUUAUCUUCAUGAAGAUUCUCGUCUUAAGAUUAUACACCGUGAUAUCAAACCAAGCAAUGUUCUAUUGGACAAUGGCAUCAAUCCAAAAAUCUCUGAUUUUGGAAUGGCAAGGAUGGUAGCUACAGACCAAAUUCAAGGAUGUACGAAUAGAGUUGUGGGCACAUAUGGUUAUAUGUCUCCUGAAUAUGCAAUGCAUGGACAAUUUUCUGAGAAGUCUGAUGUAUUCAGUUUUGGAGUUAUGGUUCUUGAGAUUAUUAGUGGGAAGAAGAACUCUUGUUAUUUUGAAUCAUGCCGUGUUGAUGACCUCUUGAGUUAUGCAUGGAAUAACUGGAGGGAUGAAUCAUCAUUUCAAUUACUGGAUCCAACUCUGCUAGAGUCUUAUGUUCCAAACGAAGUUGAAAAGUGUAUGCAGAUUGGUUUAUUGUGUGUACAAGAAAAUCCAGAUGAUAGGCCUACAAUGGGAACCAUUGUUUCAUAUCUUAGCAACCCAUCGCUUGAAAUGCCAUUCCCUCUAGAACCAGCAUUUUUCAUGCAUGGCAGAAUGAGAAGACAUUCAGCUGAACAUGAAUCAUCUUCAGGUUACUCCACCAAUCGUUCUUCCUUGUCCUCUGUGAAUAAGAUGUCUACGACUGCUUUCUUCCCUCGAUAGUUUGUUACUAAUUACUAUAUGUUAUGUCAAAUUAAACUGAUUAGAUGUUUCAACUUAAGUUUUCCUCCACUGGAAUUUGAAGAAAAUAUUAAUAUAUUUUUUAGGUUUUAAAAUA